GGACUUCCUCCUCGUUGCUAUCGACGGCGUGAGAGACUCCAGCGUCCAUGACGCAGUGACGGCCAGGAACAUGCUGCAUACGAUCCUGGAGGUUCCCGGCCUAGGCUUGGUGAGGUGUUGCUGCAGAGAUGUGGAAGAUACUGACAUCCCAGCCCAAGAGCACAGAAAAGAUCCUUAGGGAGCUGGUCAGCAGGCUGCAGGGGCAGGCUCCGCGACGGCAUCAGCUCUCUCAGAGACCGGCCGGCGUCGCCUCCUUGGCCCUGCAGGCCACAAGAGCCCUAUAUGUGAUCCUGCAGGAGCAGGCCUGCAGGCAGGAAGUGAAGGAGCUCUUCCCUCAGCUCUACGUCGCGCUGCUCUUCCACGUCACCCACACAGUGCAGCACACUGCUUCGCAGGAGAGGGAGCAUAACCAGGAGGACACGGCCGCACCCCUCAGCCCCGUCAGGUUCGCGGUGAAGGCCAUGGAAGCUUUGCUUCUAUGCGCUGGCUACAAGGAGCAGGCCACCUUCAUGAUGAAGCAUGGCCGCUGGGACCUGCUCAUGAUCUCCGACACACACCACAAAGGUGUCUGCCUGCUUGCCCGGGCCAUGGUUUCGCUCAAUGUCGAGGAGCGAAACUGGAUUUUCCACCAUCUCAUGGCCAUCCUCAACGAUCGGGACGAUAGGCGGUACGUCCCGGCCGUGGCGCUCUUCAUUCAGCUCCUCAAGUGCCCUGACCUUGGCAGCGAGCUGGAAGACGCCAUCGUGGAGGAGAUGAGCGGGCUGCUGAGAGACCCCAAGACCGUGGUGCGCUGGUUGGCGCUCAAAGGCCUCCUCAAUCUGGCCCUUCACCCAGAGAAGGUGGGGAAACUCCAGCAUCUGCUGCCAGAUGUCCUGGAGCGACUCCAGGAGGUAGACAGAGACCUCAUCCGCAAGGCCAUCGCCGUGCUGAAACACCUCCUCGCCGGCAUGGACAGGCAGAGCGCCAUCCGCGUGGCUGUGCAAGUGGCUGCGCAACUCCUGCCGUUGUUUCAUGAUGUAAAGCCUGGCAGCUCACAGGAGAUCCCAUCAAACUGCGGACAUGUGACCAGCAAGCUCCGGGUGCUCUCCAUCACCCUUUUUAAAGACCUGCUGGAGCUUGUAAGGGGGCCCAACCGGAGGCAGAUGAAGGAGCAUGUGCUCCAGAGCCUGGUCCCACUGCUCCUCCUUGUGCAUGAUGAGCAUCCCAACGUGUCCCAGGUGUGUUGGGACACCCUCAGCAGUGCCGCCCAAUUCCUGAGGUGGCACCAGCUCUGUGGCCUCAUCCAGCACAAGGAAACCUGGCGAAGCUGUGACUGCCUGGUGAUCCACUUCAAGGAGAGAGUUGAUGACUUCCUGGGCCAGACCAUGGCCUUCCUGCAGAACCCACAGACUCCAGUUAGGGAAGCAGCCAUCAGGUUCCUAGGGCUCACUGCCCGGCAGCUGGACCAGGGGAGCCAGGACAAGCUGGAUGCCAUCUGCGACAACCUCAAAGGCUUGCAGCAGGACAGCAAGUCCUCAGUCCGAUGCCUGGCUUCUCAGACCAUCUUCAUCCUGGAGGCCUUCAAGAACCAGCCUCCAGCCUGCUGCAGCCUAUGGACAUUGGUCCAUAGGAUAAGAACAAUGUGCACUGCGGAGAGCCAGCUCAUUGAAGCUGCCCAGCUGCCCUAGCUCUGGGAAAAGCCAGCCUCCCUUCUCUGGGGGCUUGGUGCAUCAGAGCCCACCUGGAGCAAGGUGGAACACAUGGCUUCUUCCCAACUGGCCGCCUGCCCUGCCCAGCCAUGUGAGUAGUUAACUGCUCGAUAGCUUUCAUCAUCAUGUACUUUUGGACAGGUUUCCAUGCACCGUGUUGCAUUUACGUCCUGCCCUCCAUCCCCAUUUCCAGUUGUGUAUGUUUUUGAUGCCGUCGGCCAUUUUGAAAAUUUAUUUUGUAUUAUUUUUCUGUGUUUGGCUGGGGGAAGGUUGUGUGCUUGUGUUUUGACAUAUUUAGAGAAAAAGUACGAAUGAGUAGAAAGAGAGGCUGUAAAGGGUUUGCAGUCCCCCCCCAGGCCCCACCGUCCGUACAUCUGGGUGGGAGACCACACCCCUUGCUAUGAUACUUCCGGGUACGGUGGUUCAGGGGAAAAUUAGCUCAGUGUUAAUGGCUCUAGCCUGCAGUCAGGCCAAGUAACGGUAGAGAGUCUGUUUGCCCGGGGCCCUCAAUCAGGGCAGGGCGUCAAUCGAGAAGGGGAUCUGGCCUACAGUCAGGCAGGCAGAGCAGCAGGAGGUCCAUUUGCCUGGCCCUUGAUCAGGGUAGGGCAGCAGUCAAGUAGGGGGGCUCUGGCCUACAGUCCGGCAAAGCUGUCGCAGUCUAGGGGAGGUUAGCUCUCUGGUGGGAAUGUCAGGACAACCAUCUGGCAUCUGGAUUCAGGUGGGUGCCAGACCAAUUCAGGCCUCCUGACAACCAGGGGGGAGGCUGCCACUCCUGACGUUGAGGUGGUAGGGGCAGAGGAACUCAGGUCCUCCCAUUCCACUUCAUCCCAGCCCAGGACCCUAACAGCAGUGGAGUUGUCCGCCACUGGGUCAGCGGGGAAAGUCCAGCCACAACACGCUGGCUGGCUUAUAGUCAAUAACACAGCCAAACCUAAUU